AUGGCGAUUCUAAAGGCAUGCCAUGACUCUCCUGUUAGGGGUCAUCGUAGUGGUAAUCGGACUGCUGCAAAAGUUCUUGAAUGCGUGCGGUCUUGUAAUCAGUGUCAGAGGCAAGGGAGUAUAGGCAGAAGGCAAGAGAUGCCAAUGAAAUUUGUGAUGGAAGUAGAGGUGUUCGAUGUCUGGGGAAUUGAUUUCAUGGGACCCUUUGUGAGCUCUGGAGGCAUGAAGUAUAUCUUGGUUGCUGUUGACUAUGUGUCGAAAUGGGUAGAAGUGGUGGCUUUACCUAACAAUGAGGCCAAGAGUGUCAUGGGGUUCCUAAAGAAAAACAUAUUUACUCGAUUUGGUACUCCGAGGGCUAUAAUCAGUGAUGGUGGUUCCCACUUUUGCAAUAGAGCCUUCGCAGGAUUGAUGGAGAAGUAUGGCAUCAAACAUAGGGUGACAACAUCCUAUCAUCCUUAA